AUGGAAAAUGAUACUCUUCUAUAUUUUUCCCUGUUUCAAAACCUGGGCCACUUUCAAUACCUUUACUUCAUUUUAGGAUCUCUCCUAUACUGUACUAUCUUAUUCUUCAAUGUCAUGAUUAUUCUUGUAAUAUUUAUGGAGUCUCCUUUGCACCAGCCUAUGUACAUUUUGAUAGCAUGUUUAUCUAUUAAUUCUCUUUAUGGCACUGCUGGCUUCUUUCCAAGAUUACUAUUUGAUUUGUUAUUAUAUUCUCACUCAAUCACUCGUUCUGGAUGUCAUAUGCAAACAUUUGUCAUUUAUACCUAUGCAUCAUAUGAAUUUACAAUCUUAACAUUAAUGGCAUAUGACAGAUUUGUUGCUAUAAGUAAGCCAUUGCAAUACCACAGCAUUAUGACACCUAAGGUGCUUAUUGUUUUGGUAACUAUUUCUGGGAUUUAUCCAAUGCUUUCUAUUGGUCUUGGAAUAGUUUUCACUGCUAGACUAAGACUGUGUGGCAAUGAGUUAAGAAAAUUGUAUUGCAACAACUGGAUCAUUGCAAAGCUGUCUUGUGAAAAUGCUACUUUUGAAAACAUUUAUGGCUUUGUUGUGCUAGUAACUACAGUUUUGAUUCCAUUUAGUUUUAUUUUGUAUUCUUAUAUUAAAAUUCUUAUGAUUUGCCAGAAAUCUUCAAAAGAGUUAAAGAGCAAAGCUUAUCAUACUUGCCUGCCUCAUCUAGUGACUUUUGUUAAUUACUCAAUUACUAUCUUCUGUGAAAUGACCUUUACCCGUUUUGAAAACUUACCUCCAGCAAUAGCUAUUAUUCUGUCAUUAGAGUUUCUGAUUAUACCUCCUCUCCUAAAUCCUGUUGUUUAUGGCCUUAAUUUUCCUGAAAUUCGGAAAAAAAUCCAACAUCAUCUGAAAGUAUCAAAAUAA